CAGUAGAACACAAAACCAAACUUCUCGCCCACAUACAAUCUCAAGUUCAGCUUUCUCUUCAGUCACUGUUUCUUUCGCUGGGGGAGUGAACAAUAAGAAAUUGUUGAUAAUUUCUUUAGAAGGAUUUCCGCAGAUUUCCUCUCCAAGGCUAAAUACUAUCUCGUGGAUGCAAAAUAAGCAAAUAUUCCAGGACUCAUUGCUCCAUGUCCGGGAGCUUCUUGAAUCAUGCAUUAGCUCAAAAUCACUCAUACAAGGCAAAAUAAUUCAUCAGUAUCUUCUCAAAUUUUAUGAUACAAAUUACAAUACGCAUUCAUUAGUCUUAGAUAAGCUCACCCGCCUCUACAUUUCAUGCAAAAGGCCUCAACUUGCACACCGAGUCUUUAACUCAAUCCCAAGCCGAGAAAGGAAAAAGAAGACUAUAUUAUGGAACCAAAUGAUUAGAGGUUAUGCAUGGGAUGGACCUUUUGAAAAAGCCGUGGAUUUAUAUAAUGAAAUGGUGGAUUCUGGAGUCACACCCACAAAGUACACCUACCCUUUUGUGCUUAAGGCUUGUUCUGCUUUGCAGGAUAUAGAAACUGGUGUAAAGAUUCAUGGGCAAGUGAGAAGACUUAAUCUUGACAAUGAUCUUUAUGUGCGUACCGCCUUGGUUGAUUUCUAUGUCAAGUGUGGAUGUUUGGUAGAGGCGAGAGAAGUGUUUGAUGGAAUGCCGGAAAGAGAUAUUGUAGCGUGGAAUGCGAUGGUCACGGGGUUUUCAUUAUAUGGAAUGUGGUGGAGUGCGAUUGGACUGGUUUUGGAGAUGCAACAAAAAGGUGUGGAACCAAAUUCAACAACCAUUCUGUCUAUUAUGCCUGUAAUUGGGGAGGCAGGUAGGUUGAGGGAAGGAAAGACCGUUCAUGGCUUUUGCUUGCGAAGGUGUUUCAAUGAUGAUGUAGUGGUUGGAACUGGGCUUGUGGAUAUGUAUGGCAAAUGUGGGCAGUUGGUUUAUGCAAAGAAGAUAUUUGCUGCAAUGGGAUUAAAAAAUGAGGUUACCUGGAGUGCUAUGGUUGGAGCUUGUGUUAUUUGUAAUUCUACUAGAGAAGGCAUGGAAUUGUUUGGGAGAAUGAGGAUGGAGGUUGGAGAAAGCCCCUCACCUGUGAUGCUUGCGACUAUCAUUCGUGGUUGUGCUAAGCUGAAUGAUUUGAGCAUGGGGAGGCAACUACACUGUAACACGAUUAAGUUGGGCUUUAAUUUUGAGCUAAUGGUGGCAAAUACAGUGCUUUCAAUGUAUGCAAAAUGUGGGUCAAUAAAUGAUGCAGUCAGAUUCUUUGAAGAAAUGCAUGUUAAAGAUUCUGUUUCUUAUAGCGCUAUAAUCUCUGGGUCUGUGCAAAAUGGUUAUGCAGAGGAAGCUCUGCAAUUGUUCCACAAAAUGCAACUUGUAGGUAUUGUACCUGAAAUGGCAACCAUGAUGGGUUUCUUGCCAGCCUGUUCUUAUUUAGCUGCAUUGCAACACGGGAUCUGUGGGCAUGGAUAUUCAGUGAUGCGUGGAUUCACAGCAGAUGUCUCGAUUUGUAAUGCUCUGAUUGAUAUGUAUAGUAAGUGCGGUAAGGUGGACGCUGCUAGGCAGGUCUUUGAUAAGAUGUAUAAGAAGGAUGUGGUCUCGUGGAAUGCAAUGAUUGUUGGUUAUGGAAUUCAUGGACUCGGGAAGGAAGCAAUUUUGCUGUUCCACGAAAUGCAGAAUGUAGGUCACAAACCGGAUGAAGUAACUUUCAUCGCUCUCCUGUCGGCUUGUAGCCAUUCAGGGCUUGUUACUCAAGGAAAACAUUUGUUUCUUGUCAUGAGUCAAGAAUUUGAUAUUGUCCCAAAGAUGGAUCACUAUUUUUGCAUGGUGGAUCUGUUGGGCCGUGCUGGUCUUUUGGAUGAGGCAUACAAACUCAUUAGCAUGAUGCCAUAUGAGCCUGAUGCUCAUCUAUGGAAUGCGUUACUGGCUGCUUGUAGGAUCCACAAAAACAUUGAACUCGGGGAGGAAGUUUCUCAUAAAAUUCAAACCUUGGGGCCUGCAAGCACUGGUAACUUCGUUCUCUUAUUUAAUUUGUACACAACUGCUCAAAGAUGGGAUGAUGCUGCAAAUUUGAGAAUCCAACAGAAGGAAUUGGGCUUUAAGAAAAAGCCCGGAUGUAGUUGGAUAGAAGUACAUGGGAUUGUUCACGCAUUUGUUGGUGGAGAUUGGUCUCACCAACAAUCGCCUGAAAUAUAUAUGAAGCUGGAGGAACUUGUUGCUGAAAUGAAAAGAUUAGGCUAUACUGCAGAGGCUGAUUUUGUUUACCACGAUGUUGAGGAGGAGGAAAAGGAAAAGAUUCUUCUCUAUCACAGCGAGAAGCUAGCUGUUGCAUAUGGAAUUAUUAGCCUUCAAGCCGACAAGCCUAUUCUGGUUACAAAGAAUUUGAGGGUUUGUGGAGACUGCCAUACUGCUCUAAAAUACAUCACAAUUAUUGCCAAGAGAGAAAUAACUGUUAGAGACACCAGUCGGUUUCAUCAUUUUAGGAAUGGAAUAUGCAGCUGUGGGGAUUUCUGGUGAAGACAGACAUGAUUACUUACAGAUACAUAGCCUUUGCUGGGGCCCCUAGAUGCAGUUAACCUUGAGGAUGCAGGAAUUUGCUAUGCAACAUAAUCAGGGAGAUUUCCAAGCUUUGCUGGCAUCACUCAGAACUUCACUCAGAUCUUGUAAACCAGCAUUGAAUUUGAUAUCAUGGAAUGUGCCUGCUCAUUAAAGCAAAAAGUAAUUUUUGACUUGCAUAUCCUGCAGGCAUACAGAGCAUGUGAAAAUCAAAGGGAUCAGUGGCACUUACAAACACGCUCCAGGGGACAAGCUGAGUCAGUUUCAACCAUCAGAAUGAAGCCAUUACCUAAGCUCUUCCCAAAUGCCACGCAAGUCCCUGGAGAAGCAGAAGGAUAGAGCACUUUCUAUUGCUAUAUCUGGCUAUCGGCCUUAGCACGCCUAGCAUGGUCUUCAUAAAUCAUGGUCGGGUAUUACAUACGAUACUGGAUGGGAUUUAUCUUUUCCAGUGUCAAAUAAAUUAAGAAUUGAUCUUUAUAGGAUUGGCUAAUGAAAUCAUGCUUUAAGUUUAUAUGAGUUGGUGUUCUGAAAACAAUCAAGAAGGAAAAAGAAAACGGUUUUUCUGAAGGAAUGGUGGCAAUGUGAAUGUGCAAAAAGUUCUCU